AUAUCUUUUGAAGUUCAUAGGAGUGUUUUUUGUUCGAAAUCAUCUAAAGAACUGUUCUGAUGUUGAUCAAGUUUUGUAUUCAUCUGUACUUCAAAAUUACAUUAGGGAAUGUCUGAAAGUUGGAUACAACUUUGAACUCUUUGUCGAUGAAGAUAAUUCAGUUCCAGAUCAUGUUCAUUUAGAUAAAUAUCAAUUGUUUCCUACUAUUAUUGAAUCAGUUUUAAAUGGGUCUAUUGAAGAUGCUAACAUCUGUGUUGUUUCUAUUAGCUAUGAAAAAUUUCCUAGUGGAAAUAUAGUGCAAGAAAAAUUAGGUCAAUCUGAAAUUAAAAACUCCCUUUUAACAACCAUAUAUUCUUUAUGGAAAAUGAUCCACAUGAGAUUUGGAAAUGUUAGGAUAAAUUUUGGCCAACCUUUUUCUAUAAAGGAAUUCAUCCAAACUUGGAAGCAAAGCCUACCCAGUAAAAUACCCACAACAGAUACUCCUCCAUCCUCACCCAUCAAUAAUUCAUCGGCAGUAGCAAAACAAGAGUUUGUAGAACUUUUGCAGCAUGUCCAGAAAAAUUUAAAAAAGCAUCUUGUUUAUGAUGCAGUAUUUUCAACUCCAUUAAUGAGUACUCACCUUUUGGCAUUUUUACUUCUCACACAAUAUAGAAAAGGUGCUACACAGCAGCAACUCCAGAACAGUAUGGACUGGUUGAGAGGGCUGUUGGCCAAUAAAAAGAGGGACACUGGCUUCACAGGACAGUCGUUACCCGUCAUCAAACGAGCGGUGGAGUUUCUCGGAAAAGAUCUCAUUUCCUCGGAAGUGGUGGACAUGGAAUGGACUUCCAGUGAUCUCGAGAAUAACAAUGUCAAAAUAACAAUCUACAAGCCUGUUAUCAACCUGCCACAUGUUCUGGAGCUUCAGCACUACGCCAGUCAUGUUGUGCCUGUUUUUAUAAUUGAUAGCAUUGUUGUGAAUGCUAUUUAUGCUCUGGUGGAUGUUGAAAUUUGCCAUUUUCGUCACUGUGAUAGCCAACUGUAUGUUUCCAGAGAUAAGCUCAUUGACAAAGCAAUUGAGCUGAGUGAUUUACUUGAAUAUGAAUUUGUAACCAUUCCACCUUGUUCUGAUCUUGCUCUUAGCUUUAGUGAUUCUUUAGAUGCACUUGUAGAAAAAGAGUGUCUCCAUUCUGUUGGAAUGAACAUAAUUGCGGGUAGACCACCAAGGUACUCUGGGAAAGCUCACAUUUUGAGUUUUGAUGCCAGUGAUGAUGAAGAUGAUGAGGAUUCAGACUUACCGCUAUCCAAAGAAAAACAAUUGAAAGUAGAUCUUUCCGAAGAAAGCAUUAGUCAUUUAGAAUUUCUAAGAAAUGUGUUGAGCCCAUACAUUGAGUCAUAUUGGCUAUCUGCGAUCACCUUGCUGAAAUUGAUUGAUGAUGUAAAAAAAGAGAGUGUAUUCAUUCAAGAGAUGCAGCUGACAGCCCAGGAAAAGUUAUACAAAGGUUUGUUAGGAUAUGAAGAGAGUUUCUCGGCCAUCACUUUCAAGAACUCCCUCAAAUUAUUUGAAAGCUGGCAUGUGGUAGAAUCUUAUGAGCAGGAUGGUAUUAAAAUUGUAUACCUAAAUGAGAACUACAACAACAAAGAACAAAUAGAUUUCAUCAUUUCGAAAGUUGAAGAGUUCAGAAAAUGAUUAUCAUUGUUUCUAUUGCCUGAGCAUUAUUUUUGUGUUCUUAUUGUAAAUAUAAUGUAAAAUAAAGUGAGCAGUUUUUA